UUCCUUGUCAACGGGAAAAGGAAUAAGCUUCAGACAUGGUGUUGGGAGAAAUUAACCAAUAUAUUAUUAAUUCAAGAGUAAACUCAUAUUUUAACAUUUUUUUAUUUUCAUUUCUCUAACGUCUUACAAAUAAUUUUCUUUAAUUGAUUUUCGCUAAAUUCUUCAAUUAAUUAGAAGUGUAUGUACGUGCAUAAAGGAACAAAUUAAUUUUUGUGUAUGCUGAUUGGGGGAUUUUUGCUUUUAAAUUAAACCUGCAUUGCAAAAACUGCGAUAAAUAAUAGUUCGCAAAAUGUGUUGUGCUCGUGAAUAAUCAACCAAAAAAAAAGUUCAGUAAUGGAAGUCUAUUAUUACGAAAAAAGUUAUUCAUUAUAGGAUUUCUAGAUGCGUGUUGUUAAAAACUACUCGGCAAUACUUUAAUAUAUAUUAAAAUAUAGAAGUGCAAUAAAUAGUCAAUACGCAAAAUAUCAUUCACAAUAAAAUAGUUAUGAAUAAAUUAGAUAAUCCACGAAAAAAUGGAACUCAUAAAAUUCGAAUAACAAUUUUGUGUGCGAGAAACUUGGCCCGGAAAGACCUAUUUCGUCUGCCGGAUCCCUUUGCUAGAGUGUCCGUUGAGGGAACAGGACAAAUAUAUACAACCGAUAUCAGUAAAUCUUCUUUGGAUCCCAAAUGGAAUGCACACUAUGAUUUAUUUCUAGGGAGGGGAGAUGUUAUUAAAAUAACAGUAUGGAAUGAUCGUAAAAUUAGAAAAGGUGGCGGAUUUUUGGGUUGUGUCCGAAUACCUGCACCGAUAAUACAAAAUCUCAAAGGAGCUGGAUUCCAACGUUUGGAUUUAUGUAAACAAUCGCCAGACGAUGAUGACCUCGUUCGUGGUCAAAUAAUAAUUGCACUCCUUUCAAAAGAUGGACCAUGUGGAGGUAAUCCCCUUGCAAUUGUCGGUCCUGGAGGUGAUGUACGUGGUCCGUCAGAAGAUAAUUCUUCCGAAAGUAACCUACCAGAUGCAUGGGAGGAACGACGUACGCCCAAUGGACGUGUAUAUUAUGUUAAUCAUAGUACUAAAUCUACUCAAUGGGAUCGACCGACACAUUCGGAAAAUGCACAGUUAAAUGGAAACCAUUCACAGCUUAAUGAAAGUGUUCACCAACAUAUCAACUCCAAUGGAGAGAGAAUAAAAGUCACGCACUCAGGACCGUCAUCAAUACCGUCCACUUGUAACAACCUUAUAAAGAGUCGUGGUUGUCUUAGCAAUGAUCAGCAGUCUUCGCAUCGAUUUUGCACCGAUCAAAUAACAAGUUCAGCUGGAAAAGAAAAUUGCAGCCCAGCAAGGCUUUUUGAUGCGGAAACCCCAAACGGAGAAUGUCUUUCGCCUUCAAGUAAGAACAAUUCUCAAAACAAUCAAAAUUCAGUUGAAUCCGUCAGCAGCCCAACGCAAAGUGAUUUGACAUUUACCCAGUUAAAAUCUCCAAACAUUGCCUGCACACCAAGUUCUUCGACUUCAGGAAACGGUGCACCAUCAUCACGUUCCACAAACGAAUCAACAUCCAGGAACUCCCAAGUAAUUGUUCAAUUGCAUCAACAGCAACAACCAGCUCUGCUUUCUAUAGAAGAAAAUACUGAUAAAAAGGAUAACCAUAAUGGUAAAAAGCAAAAACAUUCUGUCACUUCGACAAUUCAUGGGCAUAUUAUGUCUCCCACUCGAAUGACUUCACCUCAACGAAACAACAAUCAAAACUCCCAAAAUAUACAAAAUGCAAACACCAGCCAAACAGAUACAGUUAUUACAUUGAGUAGUAGAGAUUCAAGCAAUUCACAUACCAAUCAAAAACAGCCAACUGAGACGCCUCAUACAAACGGUAAUGCUCAAAGCUCAAGUACAAGCACUUCAUUGAAUGCUAAUAACGAUAGCUCGAUUGAUGCAAGCGGUGCUGUGGACAAUAGAGAACAGCCUGCGACCAGCACCACCAAUAUUUCUAACAGUGCCAACGAAGAAGGAAGUGGGAAUGGGCAAUUGCAACGAGUGCGUAGUAGAUCUACCAGAAGUGCGGAGGAAUCAGCGAGAAGACGGUCACGUGGCAAUCGACCAAAUCCUCAUGUACGUAAUAACACUAGUACCAGACCGUUUAUGGACCUUCCUUGUGGAUAUGAAAUGCGCACCACUCAACAGGGACAGGUUUAUUUCUAUCACAUUCCGACUGGUGUCUCAACUUGGCAUGAUCCAAGGAUUCCGCGUGAUUUUGAUACUCAAAACUUUUCGUUAGAUGCGUUAGGGGCUUUGCCAAGUGGAUGGGAGCAAAGGAAAACCACAUCUGGACGUGUGUACUUUGUUGAUCACAAUAACCGCACAACGCAAUUUACCGAUCCUCGACUUAAUGGUCACAUACUUCAAAUGAUUCGUCGAACAUCAAACCAGUUUGAAACACCAACUCGAACACAAGGCGAAGGACAAUUAGCAGUUGCAAGCCAUAGCUAUACAGAUGGAAAUACACCAUCGAAUACAGCGGCAAAUGUUUCCGGUGCCUCCAGUUCAAAUGCUAAUCACCGAAACUCAGCAACUGCAGGUGUUACAGCUGAGCCGUUCAGACCGCAUCAACAUCACCAACCAGUGCCUGAUCUUCCACAAGGUCUAUUAGAAGGUGCAGAUCUUCUUCCAAAAUAUCGUCGUGAUUUAGUUGGUAAAAUGCGAGCAUUGCGAAACGAACUACAGGCUCUUCAGCCACAAUCCGGUCAUUGUCGACUAGAAAUAACGCGCACAGAAAUUUUUGAAGAGAGCUACAGACUGAUUAUGAAAAUGCGGCCGAAAGACAUGCGAAAGCGACUUAUGGUUAAGUUCAAAGGUGAAGAGGGUCUGGAUUAUGGUGGCGUGGCUAGGGAAUGGCUCUAUCUGUUAUCAAGAGAAAUGCUUAAUCCUCAGUAUGGUCUAUUUCAAUAUAGCCGAGACGAUCAUUACACUUUACAAAUUAAUCCGGACUCAGGUGUCAAUCCCGAUCAUUUGUCAUAUUUUCACUUUGUUGGUCGUAUCCUUGGAAUCGCAGUCUUUCACGGUCAUUGUAUGGAUGGUGGAUUUACAACACCUUUCUACAAACAAUUGCUCAACAAACCUAUUACUCUGAACGAUAUAGAAGGUGUCGAUCCAGAGCUGCAUAGAAGUUUAACAUGGAUGCUUGAAAAUAAUAUAAAUGGAAUUAUAGAGUCUACAUUUAGUGUGGAAAACAAUAGUUUUGGAGUUUUGAAGGUACACGAGCUUAAACCAUCGGGAGCUAGCAUUGCCGUUACAGAAGAAAACAAAAGGGAAUACGUUAAAUUGUAUGUAAAUUAUAGGUUCAUGCGCGGUAUAGAACAACAGUUUUUGGCGUUGCAAAAAGGUUUUUGCGAGCUAAUUCCGAACCAAUUAUUACGGCCUUUUGAUGAACGAGAACUGGAGUUAGUAAUCGGGGGUAUAAGCAGCAUAGAUGUUAACGAUUGGAAAAAGAAUACUCGUUUGAAACAUUGUACACCUGAUUUACCACAAGUAGUUUGGUUUUGGCAAGUGGUCGAAUCGUAUUCAUCAGAAAUGCGUGCCCGACUUUUGCAGUUUGUUACAGGAUCAUCAAGGGUACCAUUGCAAGGAUUUAGAGCAUUACAGGGUUCUACUGGCGCAGUUGGUCCCAGGCUCUUUACAAUACAUCUGACCGCUGAUGUUCCCACGCAAAACUUACCAAAAGCGCAUACAUGUUUCAACCGUAUCGAUCUACCGCCUUAUGAAAGUUAUCAAUUGCUAUGUGAUAAAUUAACGCAAGCUGUAGAAGAAACAUGUGGAUUUGCCGUAGAGUAGAGUAGAGUAGAGUUUGAAACGCCAUUUCUGCAUGCUCGCUCGAUCAUCAUUCUCAUCUAUAUCAUACACAAAAAGUAUAUAUAAACCUAUUUAUAUACAUAUAUAUUUAUACAUAUAAAUAUCAAAUACCUAAACAGUUCUUAUUCAUUUUAAACAAUAUAUUGUAUGUAUUUAAAACACGAGUAACAGUAUUUAAUCGUUUUAUUGCCAGCAAAAUGUGUUUUUUCUUACAAAUGUCUGGGUUAGUUAAAAAAUCGUUUUAUAUGACUAGUUGUAGAAUUAAAAAAAAGGAUUAUCGAAAUUCGCAUUUUAUUAAAGCAAAAUAUACGAAAUGUGAAACAAA